AUGCAGAAUAUUUCAGAAGUCACUGAAUUUAUCCUUGUGGGAUUAACAGAUGCCCCAGAGCUACAGAUUCCUUUAUGUAUCAUCUUCACUUUUAUUUAUCUGACCACAUUGAUUGGUAAUCUUGGGAUGAUUGGGUUGAUUCUCCUGGAUUCUCGUCUCCACACUCCCAUGUACUUUUUUCUCAGUAACCUCUCACUGGUGGACUGUGUUUAUGCCUCAGCUGUCACUCCUAAAGUAAUAGAAGGGUUUCUCACAGAAAACAACAUCAUAUCCUACAAUGCAUGUGCUACCCAGAUGUUCUUCUUCAUAGCAUUUGUAAUUACUGAAAGUUUUCUCUUAGUAUCCAUGGCCUUUGAUCGUCAUGCAGCAGUAUGCAAACCCUUGCAUUACUCUACCACCAUGACAACAACAAUAUGUACCCUACUUAUUGCUGGUUCUUACAUAAUUGGAUUUUUACAAUCUUCCAUUCAUGUUGCCUUCACAUUCCACCUAUCCUUUUGCCAUUCCAACAGAGUGAAUCAUUUUUUUUGUGAUAUUCCCCCACUACUGGAACUUUCUUGUUCUAGUAUCUACACAAAUGAAAUUGUAUUGUUCAUUUUGGCAGGACUCAAUGUUGCUUUAAGUGUGUUGGUUAUCUUGAAUUCUUACAUACUUAUUUUUGUUGCAAUCAUGAGAAUGCGUUCUGCUGAUGGACAAAAGAAGGCCAUUUCCACAUGUGCUUCACACCUUACCACUGUUUCUAUAUUCUAUGGCACAAUCAUCUUCAUGUACUUACAGCCCAGCUCCACUCACUCCAUGGACACUGACAAGGUAGCAUCUGUAUUCUACACCAUGAUCAUUCCCAUGUUGAACCCUAUAGUCUACAGCCUGAGAAACACAGAGGUCAAGAAUGCAUUCAAAAAGGUUACUGGAAAAGUGUUAUUUUCACUGGGAUUAGUCUAA